AUGGCCGAAAAUUUUAGCGUUGUUCUUCAAGGGCGCCUUCUGGACCCUGAAAUUCCAUUCGGUUUGUACGUGUUGGAUAUAACCUUAAAUGCCGUCUCCUCUAUCGUAACAAUCUUCGGAAACACGCUUAUUAUUGUAGCUCUUCGAAAGAUACGUGGAACACACGUACACAUGGUUUUCAAGGCAUUUCUUUUCAACCUGGCACUUGCAGACCUUUCAGUUGGGUGGUUAGUGCAAGUGCCUUAUAUUUUAGCUGUUUUAACGGCUAUGAGCGGAUACGCUGAGGUGUCUCGAAUCAUAGGCGCCCUGUUCCAUCUUGUUACAUGGUACUUUCCAGUAAUCUCAGUCGCCUUCCAAACAGCCAUUGCCAUAGAUCGCUUCCUUGCCUUACAUUUAGCAAGCUACCGUAGACUAGUCACAAGGAAGAGAGUUUUGAAAGUCCUUGUUUUUAUCUGGAUAACGAGAUUGGCCGAAACAUGUCUCAUCAUUUACGAUCAUCGCAUUUUCAACAUCAUGGUGAACAUUGGUUUAGGAUUUUGCAUGUUCGUCAUCACGGCUUGUUACUUAAAGAUUUAUUUAAAGCUCAGACGUCAAGACGAAACUGUGAGAGGCAUGAUCUCUCUUCGAAGCCUGAACAACUCCGGCCAAAGGCAAAGUGCACGUGUCAGAAAGAACAAUUUCAAUUUGGUCAAGUACAAACGCUCAAUCUAUACCAUG